AUGUUUAGCCCCGUUGUUAAGCCGACUACCAUUCGCAAUACCUUGGCAGCAUCUCACAAUUGGGUUUUGUGUCAAUCAGAUAUGCAAAAUGCCUUUCUCCAUGGUGAGCUGCAAGAGCAAAUCUUUAUGUCACAACCUUCCGGCUUCAUACAUCCUCAGUAUCCGAAUCAUGUCUGUAAACUUAAGAAAUCCCUCUACAAUCUCAAACAUGCACCUCAUGCAUGGUACAUGCGCCUUCUUAAGUUCCUUCUCACUGCUGGGUUCACUACUUCAAAAUCAGAUACAUCCUUGUUUAUUUAUCGAGCUCAUGGUGUAGUGCCUUAUAUCUUGCUCUAUGUAGAUGAUAUUAUUGUCACUGGAAACAACUCAUCCUUCUUGGAAAGCAUGAUCUCGAAACUUGGUGCAGAAUUUUCAAUUCCUGACCUUAGUCCCUUGAGUUUUUUCCUUGGAAUUCAAGCCUCUCAUGGAUCUUCCGGUAUUACCCUCUCUCAGGAGCAGUACAUUACUUCUCUUCUCAAAAAUGCUAAUAUGCAUUGCUAUAAACCACUUUCCACACCUAUGGUAGUGAAUUCGAAGCUCCACGUUGGUGACAGUCCCCUAUUCCAUGAUGCCACUUUGUAUCGAAAGGAGCCUUACAAUAUGUCACUCUCACUCGUCCUGACAUUGCCUUUGUCUUCAACAAAGCUUGCUUGCCAAUUUAUGCAUAAUCCCACAGCUUUUACUGACACGGAUUGGGCAGGGUCCCUAGAUGAUCAUAAGUCGGCUGGAGGGUAUGCCAGCUUCCUUGGUAAUACUCUCGUCUCAUGGUCUUCAAAGAAACAACGUACUGUGGCUCGAUCCUCCACUAAGUCAGAAUACAAGACACUCGCUGAUGUUGUAGCCGAGCUAACUUGGAUUCGGUCUAUCCUCAGUGAGCUUGGGGUGCACCUCCCCAAAGCUCCUAUCUUGUUGUGA